UCAUCUAACCUACAAAGACAUAUCAGGAUACAUACAGGAGAUAAACCUUACCAGUGUGAUGUCUGUAGCAAAACAUUUAAGAGGUUAAACAACGUACAAAGACAUCUGAAGAUACAUACAGGGGACAAUCUUUACAAGUGUGAUAUUUGUGGUAUAGGAAUCGGUUCCCAAUCUCUUUUACGAAACCAUAUCAGAACACAUACGGGAGAGAAGCCCUUCAAAUGUGAUAUAUGUAGUAAGGAAUUUAGUCAAUCUCACUUACGAAGGCAUAUCAGGACACAUACGGGAGAGAAGCCUUUUAAAUGUGACAUAUGUAGUAAGGAGUCUGGUGACUCAUCUAACCUGCGAAAACAUAUUUUGACACAUACAGGAGAGAAACCAAACAAGUGUGAUAUUUGUAGUAAAAGAUUUAUCAC